AUGACAGUCUACUGUCCAUUAGACUUUCGCACUGCCAGUAGAGGACUGUUAAAGGAUGAUGAUGAUGAUGAUGACGACGACGAUGACGACAAUGAUGAUAAUGAUGAUAGAGUACCUUGGCAAGUAUUAUACAGAAAAGGGAAGGCAUCAGGCUGUGGAGAUAGCAGCAGCUGCAUAACAAGGAAUCUUAGAGACAUACAGGCAGUCAUAGGUGUUCAGGUAACCGGGAAUCUGGACUACAGCACUAUGAGCAUGACUCAGAGAUCAUAGUGUGGAGCUCCUGACGUAGAAAACUACCAGCUCUUUCCAGGACAGCCCAAAUGGGAAAAGAAUUUUCUGAAACCCUACAUGGUGGUGGUUUCUUUCUCUUUCUUCUGCUAUUAUUUGCUACAUCAUUGUGACUCUUAUCCCUUUGAUGGCCCACAUGGGACCCUGGCACAUGCUUUUGCCUCAGUGAAGGACUGGGAGGGGACAAUCAACAGUGCAGCGGAGUGGAUCAUGGGAACAAACGGAUUUAAUUUAUUCACUGUUGCUGCCCAUGAAUUUGGACAUGCUCUGGGCCUUGGCCAUCCCACUGAUCCAUCUGCUUUGAUGUUUCCUACUUACAAAUACCAAUCUCCAUUUUGAUUUUGUUUGCCAAAGGAUGACGUGAAAGGGAUCCAAGCAUU